AUUCAUCACCCCUCUUCUACUUUCAUAAUGCUCCUUCUUACACCCCUCCUCCUCGCCCUCCCCCUCCUCUCCCCCGUCCUCGCAGACGCCCUCGACGACUGCUACGCCGACUGCGCCUCCGCCAUCGUCGCCGCCCAAGACUGCGACUCUGAUCUAUCCUGUCUCUGUACUCCGAGCUCCGACUUUCUAACCUACGCAAUCGGGUACAAAUUAGACCGUGCACCCUCAACCCUACCUGCUUCUUACGAUCCGCGUCGUAUAUCAUACUAACCUACCACUCUCAUAGCUGUUUGCAAUGCUCCUCCCCAGAUGACGAAGAUAUCUGGGAGUACUUCUACCUAGACCUUGUCACCCCGCUCGCAAAUUGUGGACAGGAGACUUCGCCGGCUGCUACAGAUAGUUAUCUGAGCCAGUCUACCACUUAUUCUGUGUCGACUACUAGUACCGCUGUCUCUACUACUGCUGCUGCUACUACCACUUCUACUUCUACUACUUCUACUACUU